UACUGCACUUAAAUUAAACAAAUAUAUAAAUAUACGGAAUAAAUAUAACUGAUGAACGGAGCUAAGAAGACGCUCGUUUGAUCUUUAGCAACUGUUAAAGAAAAUUCAACUCAUCAAUUUAAUGGUUUUAAUGGAACCUCAGCACAAUGUAGAUUGGAAUUGAUGGAAAUUUAUGUGAAUCAAACAUUUCUGUACACGUUUGGACAUGUAACUGGGAUCAUUUGACAGCUACAUGAUCUGGGCUGAUUUUCUGAAAAUAAAGGAGAUAGUCAAUUCAUCCAGACAAUCUUGCCGAUCAAAGUUGCGGAAUUACAUAUAUUGUACCACUCACUGAUUAGAAAAUAGACCCAAUGGCAACGAAGAAACAGAACGAUUCAAAGUAUCAUAAUUGGUGUAAAGCAGGAUUGGCUAUAUUUUUCACAAAAGAGGGAAUUCGACCAUUCGUAAACAAAGAGAUAAAACUGUUUCAACAGAAGCUUUUAAAAGACAGCAAAGGAAAUAAUAAAGGUACCUGUUCAAAUUGCCGAACAGAAAAUGUUGUUGAGUGCCCUACAAAUGGAAUAUGUAAAAUAAAGUAUGGGAAAAAGUGCAGUUUUCACAGAAAUGCUUGUACCAAAUUCAACGAAAGUGGUUGCCCAAAGAAUAUUUGUGAUACAUUUUACAGAGAACUUAAGAAAGUUCAUCGAUUCGAUGGUCCGUCGUUCCGUAACACAAAUGCUAAGCAGUGGUGUACAAAUGCAUGGGAACUAGCAAAAUGUUUCAUGCCCCCUGAUGGUUACGAUAACGUCCAGAGCGAAGAUGGCACCGAUUUCAAUGGCAUAAUAAGUGUUAUAUUAAACUUCAAGGAAUUUGACAAGAAAAUUCAGAAGCGUCAUAUUUUUGAACAGGCAAGGGAAAUAGGAAAGUCCAUUCGUCAUUCUCCAAAUUUUGAAAUAGAAGAUUCAGACCUUUCACAGUAUUUGACAACACUGAAGUCCCUUCUUUCUGACGCUACGUGUCUGUCAUAUGAUAAAAUUGCUCAAGAUGCUAAAAGAAAAUUAAUUCAGCUAGAAAAUGAUGAUUUUUUUUUCGAAAGCAAAGACUUACGAGGUGUAUUGGUUGAUGCUGCAAAAAUAAUUGAACAGCGACGACAAAAAGAUGUUAGCGACAAGCGAAAAGAAGAAACUGAAGAACAAAAUCUGAAAUUGAUUACAGACUCAAUAGCUGCCAUUAAAGGUCAAACAGAAAUGUCAAUUUCUGAAAUGGAGAUGCGGUUGUCCAAGUUUAGAGAUGGAAUCAGUGAUGAUAUCAAUAAAGGGAUAAUAAAAAUUGAGAACAUAGUUAAAGAAAGCUUACAAAACAUCGAAAAUAAAGCUGAGAAAAAAAGAGAAUCUUAUGAUGAUUUAAAGAAAGUGUUUAAAGAUGACCUCGUGAAGUUCAAUGCAAAUCAAUACAGCUCUAUCCCACUCUCACCUUUGUGCGAGGAGGUCACAACACCUCUGAUGGAUUUCUAUGUCAUGCCAGAUAUGGUCACAAAAUUAAAAAAAGAAGUGGUUCCAAUAAAAUCACUGAGGGACAUGUUCUAUAAGCCAAAUGGAAAUGAAACAUAUGAUGAAAUAUAUGUUACAGCAGACGCCGGAUUUGGAAAAACUGCAUUUAGUAAAAGACUGGUUAUGACAUGGUGUCAAGCACAUCAACCGGAUUCCAAAGAAUCUAAUGAGGAUAUUAAUACUAUGAGCAACUUUAGUUUUUUAUUUCUAGUAUCUUUACGCAAUGCAGAAGACGAAUGUAACAUAGAUGGUAUGAUUGAGAAACAAAUCUUGAAUAGUAUGUGCAAACCAUCAACAUAUACACGUACUUUCCUAGAGGAGAUUUUGUCUAAGGAAAAAUGCCUUGUAAUAUUGGACGGACUUGAUGAAUGGAUGCAUACAACACCUACUACAUGUUUAAAACCAGAAAAACAAGUGCCCCAUAGGAACUUCCGACCAAAUACUGCCAUAGUAACUACGACUAGACCAUGGAAGCUCAGUGUCCUUAAGCUGAAAAGUAAUGAAGUUGACAAUACUGUUGAAAUCAAAGGACUUAAUGGAGAAUUGGUGCGACAACUAACAAGAAACGCUAUUUCAAAAAUGUCGGAAGAAGUAGGAAGUAAAAAAGACCCCAUUGAUACUCAGAUUGCAGAUUUUGAAGAAACAAUAGAGAAAACGAACGUAAAAAAACUCCGAGAAAUUCCUCUACUUCUUCUCUAUAUGAUAUGUCUUUGGUAUGAUGAAAUUGACUUUGGGCGAUCAAAGAGUGAAUUCUAUGUAAGAGUCAUUGAAUUUCUCUUAGCAAGAUGUCAGAAUUUAAAUAAUACGGAAUAUUCUCCCGAUGUCAAUGUACCUUUAUGCUUUAAGGAGCAAAAAUACUGCCAAAGUCACUACCAAAUGUUGCUAAAUGUCAGUAACUUAGCCUUUUGCAACCUCUUUUCUCCAAAUAGGGAAAGCACACUUGUCUUUGAUAGCACUUUAGCUGAGAAGACUUUGAAAGAUAACUUUGAUAUUACAUUAAAGUCCGGUAUUUUGACACAAAGUAAAGAACAAAAAAUGACAACUUGUAAGAGAAAAGUUUCGUUUGCACAUAAAUCGAUACAAGAAUUCUUUGCAGCACUAUUUAUAUACUCAAAAGGAGAAAAUAUCGUAGAGUUCGUCCGGCCAGUAUGUAAAGAUAUUGACGACAUUCUUCAGAUGAAACUUGUGUACUCCUUUCUUUCUGGUAUUAGUUUGCGGUUUUCAGAACAAUUGUUUCGAAUGAUAAUGGACGUUGCGGCAACAGACAAAAGAACAAAAAAAUACAGAAGAUCUUCGCUGAUUUGGGACCGAAGAAUCACACAGGCAUUAGAAGGAAUUCAAAAUAUGUUUGUUGACAUUUUGAAUGAAAGCUGUGAUAUUGAUACAGUAUGCUUUCUCAGACUACAGGAUUUUUUCAUAGGUUAUGAAUGUGAAUCUCACAAUUACACAAAUUCAUUACAAAAACUCUUGUCUGUAAAUAAAGCAAAUAUUAAAACAGUAAGUAUCAAAUCGAAUCAAAAUAUCAGUAAUUUGCACGAGAUACUUAAAAAGUUCGAGCUAAAUGAAACAAAAGGUCUUGAAAAGGUUUUUUACAGAAAUGAUACUAUUGGUGGAGAAGUCAAUGUUCUGCUAGAAGGGUCAAAAGAUACUCUUAAGUACUUGACACUUAAUUGUCACAAGUGGGACAACGAUGUUAAAUGUGAAUGGCCAAACGCCUUAUUCGACCAGCUCGGAGAGUUGAAGAAUCUGCAGGGUAUUGCUAUUGAGGGAUUUGUCAUUCAGCAUGAGUUGUUAAUAAAAUUAUUGGGCUAUCUCAAAGAAGAGUCAUCGUUGCUAGAGGUUUCACUGUACAACUUAAAAUGCGCUGAUUCUGAUCAUAAUAUUAAAGGAUGCUGCGAACUUGAUUUGUCCACUAAUAAAAAUAUUAAAGUAUUAAGGUUAAACUGUAUCCCAAUAUCAGACAUGAAGAUUAAUGUUUCUUCACUCAGGUCAUGUGAUGUUGGAAAGUUAAAUACAGUUCCUUCAUAUCUAAAUUAUUUAGAGAAGGCAGAUAAACUUAAAACAUUUUUGUGCAGCUUUCAAGAGUCAGAAGAUGAUAUUGAAAGUAUUCUGGAAAAGCUUCAAGCGUUUAGUCACUUACAGAUUAUUCAACUACGGAAAAUGAAUGUCGGUGAAAAGGUUCUAAAAUUGCCACCAAAAAUUAAAAAGAUGAAAUUAUGGAACGUUACAAUUUCAGUGCAAGCCCUUGACAAAGUGCGUACGGACUUGGAAAAUGUUGACCAUCCAGUAUGUGUGGAGAUUGAUGAAUGUACAGUAUUGCCAGAUUUAAAAGCUUUUGAAGACUUCAAAGGAAUAAUCCGUCGUCAAUCAACCUCAUUCACAGUCGACUGCCCAAAUGAUAAAAACAGCGAAAAUUCGUUUGUAUUUACAACCAAAGGAAAGUCAAUAUGCGAUUGAUCAAAUAUCGAACCUGUUACCAUGAAGUGAAGUAAAGUGACCCCCAAGGAAUUAUCAAGCCCUGGUUUUUAUCAUUUAAAGAAUAUUGAAUCGGCAAGUAAUAUGGCCUCCCUAUAUAUAGAAAUUACCAUCGUGAAAAGUAACCCACAUUUAAUAAUGACCCCUAAAGACAAAUCUGACCAGUGCUCUCGCCGUUACUUAGGCAUUAGUGGCGUACCGCCAAAAAGUGGCGAAUCCACAGACUAAAUCGUGCUUGAUGUCGCUUGGGCAAUGGGGCCGAGAUAACUAUUGAUGACGUAGAUCGGUCGCACAGGGCAAAUCCAUUCAAAGCUACGUCUUCACAUAUGAAACCAAGGGACAUCAUCGUGAAAUUUGUGAGUUAUCGUGCUAGAUCUAAACUUUUUAGCAAUAAAGACAAGUUAAAAGUCUCAAAGUUAACAGGCGUUUACCUCAAUGAAGACCUUAUACUUACACGAGGCCUUUGUUUAACAGACUCGUAAAUUAAUCAAAGACAAGAUUGUGAGCGGAACAAGGACCGUAGACGGCGUAAUACUGAUAAAAGACAACAAAGCCCGCAUCGAAACCAAGAAAGACUUUGACUCAUUUCUGUCAAAGAUAUACUGUUGACGGCUUAACAGUGUAAAAUAUAGUAUGUCACGCUGUGUUUAAUCUGUUUUGUUUUGAUCACCAUGUGUGUUUGUAAUACUGAUCAUUUAACGGUUGAGUUGCUCACAUUUUUAUAAGAGAAAGUCAAAGAUUUCACAAACGGACCGUUACGAAGAUACCAACUCUUUUUAAAGAAGGCCUUUGAAUCCUUAAUACGAAUUCGGCUUCAACUAAAUUAUAAGCUAUUUUUCUCUCGUAAUUCUAUAUACAUGUAGUUUUAUUUCUAAUAUAUGUGUUCUUCAUACAGUGAAUAUCUCAUUUAAUAAAAUGUCACGGGAAAUAUAAUAACAAUAACGUUAAAACAUAUUCAAAUAAAAACGAUGUUUAUUCAGUAAAAAAAAUAUUUAUUGUAUAAUUAUAUUGGACGGUAGCUGACGAAUAUAAGGGACAAGGGACCAAUUGCUUACUCUGUACUUUUGUUAUUAGGAUUGAUUCCCUUGACUUAGUUCAACUACACACAAUUGUCAUGUUUAUGAUGUAUCCGACCUACUUUGUAAAUUAUGAGUUCCUCGUUAUAUAAAUCAUGAAAAUAUAGCACAUGGAAAAGAAUCAAACAUAUAUUCGUGUUUCAUAAUCUUAUAAAAUCCCUGUUAUUGUAUUUUGUUUGUUUGUUUAUUUUUUUCAGUGUGAAAAGUAUUGACUUUUUACAUACCUGUCGUAUAUGUAAUUGAUAACAAUCAUCUAAUUUCAUUGUUAUUGUUUUGUCGUGUUUUUGUUUGUUUGUUAUUUUCUUUUUCUUGUUUUCUUUUUUUCUUUUUCAUGUACCACUUUAAUAUUGAACCAUUAAUUUUGUAAAUGAUCUUAUCUAUAUUUUAAGCCAUGUAAAGUAGGCCCAAAAAUUCAUGACUUACUGUAUCUGGCAAUAUUUUUCUUCUUCAAAAUUCGUCGAUACUAAAUAAAAUUAUUUUGAACUGAAUAUUAAUCUAAGGAGGAUAAAGUUUUAUCAGUCUUUACCAUGUUUUGAUAUUUGGACUUAUUCUGCAAAUACAUUAUAUAUAUUUUCCAGACUGUACAUAUUUGUUGAACUUAUGCAUGAAUUUAAAAGUAUUAUUAAAGCACCAGUCAUUUUUGUUAAUUUGUACAGUUGCAUAAAAGCAUAAAUACUAAGUCUUUACAUUUCUUUAAAAUUUAAAAAAGAAACAAAACAUUUUUCAGCAAAAAAAAAUAAUCAAAAUACCCAUGCUUAACUCAAAUACUUGUAAUUAUUUUGUGUUCAUGUAUAUAUGGUUUUCUUUGUAAGUAAUGCUGAUUGUUUGUCUUCAUGUACUUGUCAUAUUUUGUAAAUGAUAAUAAUUGUCCCUUUUUUGUAUCAGUAUUAUUUCAUAUCAUGCAUUUUGCUACUGACUUGAUAUAAAGUUGAUAGAAAACAGUUAUAUUAAUCGGCACUAAAGAAAAAUAUAAUUUUCUAUAAUUUUCAAGACACAUUUUUAUAGUUAUCAUAAUCAUUAACGCUGCACCAACACUCCUAUUAUGACUACCAUUGAUUUAUUUUAUUCAUAUUUUUAUAAAUUUCAUUUUCAAUGUACCUGCAAUUCAUUUUUUUAAAGUUUCAUUUUCAAUGUACCUGCACAAGGUUUUUUGUGGAGGAUGUGACACAUAAAACAUAUAUGUCCUGUCUCUGAUGCCUUACUUAAAUGUUUUUAGAUACCAUCCCCAAUGAUAUUGUUAUUGCAUGCAAAUAUGACAGUGUCACAGACAGAACCUGGAACCAAUGACAAAUAUACGUUAAAUAUCA